AUGGGCUUUAGUCGGAACUUGUUUAUAGGCAACCAGGAGGCGUACCGAAGAUACAUGCCGGGAGAAGAUACUUCCUUGCCGGAAACGAUUGAGUACAUCGUUGGCGGGGUCAACUGUCCUGAAGGACAGGGAGAUAUCCAAGAGUGCGCGAUCAAAGAUUACAGAAUUCACGGAGGCGACUGUGAAGCUGGAACAUCAGAUAUGUUCAUUGUUUGCUCAACUGAGAAAAAGAUUAUUCCUGGUAAAUGGACGAACUGGCAAGUGACAAGCCCCUGUAGACCGUGGGAAGAAUUUUACUCGCAAGGUAAACGAACGAAGCAAGUUCAUAGGACUUAA